AUGGCUUCUACUUUCAAAUCUCUGUCUCUACUUCAACAUGCCGAGUAUUUAUUCGUCUUUUUGAUGGUCACCUGCAGCCUGACGAAUGUCGAAUCAUCGAAUACUGGCUACAUCCCCUUCGGCGACGGAAGUACCUUAUACAAAUUUCACACUGAAUCAAUGAAUUGGUAUGAAGCCAGAUCGAUGUGUGACCUCGAAGGUGGUCAUCUUGCUAUGAUCGAUACCCUUGAUAAACUUAAUUUCAUAUACGAAAUAAGAGUUGGGCACUGGUGGGUGUGGACAGGAAUACACAGAGCUGGAUCUGGAUCGCCUUGGUACAGUGUUGGCCAUGAGUCACCAGGUCAAGAACUGACGCAUCUCCCAUGGGCACCGAUAAGAUUGUUACCCAUUUUUCCAAACAGUAAUUGCGUUGCCACUACGGGAUUAGAUAUGGGAAUCAACCGGGGGUUGGCACACUACGGAUGUUUACACCGUAAGCCGUUCGUAUGUGAAAAGCAUAUUGAAAGUGAUAAGUUAGACAUCGACAGGAGAUUCAAAACAGAUCCGGAAUAG